AUGGAGUCGCAAACCACCUCCGGAAAUCCAACGCCCUCCGACACUCGUCGUUGGUGGUGGUCACGACCAAUAACUACUCUGGAUUUAAGUGAUGAUCAUGACCCCACUAUCAAGGAAUCUGCGAUUUUCAUAGCACCCUUUCUCGCUGCCUUUUCCACCACCUUCACCAUAUACUUGAUCUUGUUAAUUAUCGACAAAGCUCACUCUCGGUGUCACGCCAAAUUCUCCAUCCAAUCCAUCACCGUCUCUCCCUCUUUCUCUUCCUCCACGUGUCACGUCGACUUCCUCGUAAAAAACCCUAACUCGAGAUAUUCUAUCUAUUACGACGUUGGUGAUGCUUCGGUGAGGUUCGGUAAUCUAACCAUCGAUGUUUUUAACAUCAUUCCGAAACGUAACUAUAGAGAUCACACUGCUUUCUCGUUGGACUUCGUUGCUGGAGAGGUAAAUGGAACCGACGUUGUUUCCCAAGAGCUUUACAUCAAACUUAGGGGGAAGCACAAGCGUUAUGUAGCUUCUACUGAAGCUGGACAUUUUGAUGUAAGAUGUCAAAACUUGACCCGAAGCCAUGAAAACAUUGAGAAGAUUAAAUGUUAUUCCUUUUUUACACGUUUGAAGAAGCUUGUUUAUUAA